UCAACCAUACAUUUUUGUCAAAACAUGGUUUUGUCAAUAUUUUAACUUUUAUUCAAAUGUAAUUUGAAAAAACAUCAUGGUUAUCCACAAAUAUUCUAGAAUAAACUGUCUUCAUAUACCUUAGCCAUCCAAAUACAAAAGUACCAUGUAUACUAAACUAAAAUUGCGGUGCAGCUGUGUGGGAGGGAUAUUCUGCAGAUACCUUAGUUCAGCAGAAGUUUCUACUGCUCUCAGACCCUUCUACUUUAGCGUCCAUCCUGAUUUAUUUGGAAGAUAUCCAGAGCAGAGGAAAAUCAAUGAAAACUCCCUUCAACAAUUAAGUGCUCUACUAGAAGCACAGCAGUCUAGUCGGCACAUGUCAGUGCCAUCACUACCAUUUUAUUUGAGACAGAAGGAUAUGCCCGAAGGUCACUUUAAGUUAGUACAUAUUAAUUUGAGGAGUACUAAUAUAAGAGAAACUGUAGUAAAUAUAUUAAACACAUGUGACAUGUCUACCACUUUUGUAGACAAGAUUCCAAAAACUGAACCAAAGUCUCAGUCCAGUUUCAGUAAACAGAAUUUUACAAAUGCUUACGAAAGCUACUCUAACGAAUUUGAAAAUGCUUCCCGCAUCAAAAGAAAAGUGGAAGAAAAGAAGGCCAUCACAAAUAUUAUUGACUGGGUUGUGGAAAAUAGUGCGGAUGCAAAGGAAAAGUAUGAACUAACUGAAGCAACAAGGAACCAAGUGCAGUCCAUGAUCAAAGACCUGUGCAAAAACUAUAGUAUCAAACAAAUUAAAUAUGACAAGGGAUGGAAUAUCAGUCACAUAAGAGGAGCAAUACAAAGUCUGGUUGCUCUAGCCUCACAACAUUCUCAAAACAUGGACAAUCUUAAAGGUCGAACAAUUGCAUUCGGCCAAUUUACCGGAGUCAGCUUGGAUGGUGAUGUUUUUCUUAACAUUAUGGAUGUUCGUAAUGAAUGGCUGUCGCUAAUAAAAAAAGUAAGUCAAGAAGAUAGUGCCUUGACAGAGAUCCCCAAAUAUGAGAAAGCCUUGUCUAGUAUAUUAAGAAAUAUACACAUACGGAGAAGAAAAUUCAUGCCAAAAGUAUCUGCAACUAAGUAUUGUAGCCAUCUCAGGCAGCUUAUUACCUCAAUAGGAGAUUUCUAUGGCUAUGGAAAGAAGUUCCCAUCUACUAUACCAGAGUCGCUGAAGAAAUACGAGAUUGUCGUUGAACCAGAAGCUGGACCAUUAAUGGUAUCUCCGACCGGCCAGUUCAUAACGCCGUCGUCGUGUCCGGCCGAUGAGCUGAUAGCUUACAUCGGCAACCACAUCGACGAAGCGACGCAACUGCUCACCGAGUAUAGCAUAAAUAAACACAUAGAAAAAGCUUUAUAUGCGGAGGUGAAAGAAAGAUUUGGUCUACUAGACCUGUCCAAAGACGACAGCAUCACUCCAGGCCUGAUGAUUCUAUGUUGUCAGCGUUUACUCACGAGAGCGGAUAAAAUUAAUAAGAAUCUUUCUGGGAACAUUCUCUACGUUACACACUACUACUCUGUGCUGUCUGAAGGAGUCUUGUGCAUACCAUGGAAUUUCAAAUGAUGAAAUCAUUACAAUUCUAAAACAACGCUAGCAAAAGUGCAAUAUAUUCUUUACUGAUUAUAUUAGAAUGUGCUAUCUAAUCUAUGUUUUAGCAAAUUUAGAAAAUUUUAACAAACGAAUUUAUUUCAAAUAUUACAAUAUUUUUAUAAAUCUAAUUCUAGUAAUCACAACUCGAAUUUAUACUUAUUUCGUUCAUUGCGUAAAUGUUGAACUUGUUUAUUGUUUUCUUUAUGGCAGUGUACAUCAAGUUUAAC